AUGAGCAUUCAUUUCUCUAAACGUAACAUCCACCAAGCCAUGUUAUGCAGAGUAAUGACUCUAUUCAUCAGUUGGCUGGUUAGUCGUUGUUUAAAUGGUAACGUGACAAGGGCAAUCGGCUACGGUAGUAUUGGUCACUUUGGGUCUUUCUCCGGUUACCCAAGCGUCAUUGCUGACAUUGGUGACGGCACGAAGUGCGGCAAUCCGCCAUGGUGGAAGACCUUUGGAGACUCCUAUGUUAUAGUUGAAACCUUUUUCAUUCUUGUCACUGCAGUGCUUAGCGAGUGCGGUUUCCCCUCGAACGCAGCUGCAAGACAGUCCGUGCCACACGGCAGACAGGAAUCAUGCCGCCCCGCUUGA